CCUAAACAUGCUCUCUGCUCAACUUUAUCAAGCACUUGUGGUUUUAUUAAUUUCUCAUAUAAAUGUCAGCUAUUCCACUGGGAAAAUCUAUACAACAGACGAAAACCAACAGUACUAUAUAAACGAGGAUCAACAGUACACUUGGUUUGAUGCACUCGGCGAAUGUUUGAAACUGAACAUGACUUUGGUGGCCAUUGAGACGAGUACUAAAUCGCAGGAAAUCAAUACACUGGUAACUGAGACAUUUGGUAAAACUGUAGUUUUGUGGGUUGGUGGAAUUAUGACUCGUAACGAACAUAAACGUAACUAUAACUGGAUUACGACAGGUCAACUAUUCAAUUACACCUUUUGGAAAGGUACUAAUAAUCCAGAUUUUACCAACGAUAAUGAAUAUUGCAUUGAGAUUGGUUGGGGCGUUAAUAUGGAAUGGAAUGAUGAUUACUGUGGCCGCAAAUACGGUUUCAUAUGUGAACAUAACGAUCAGCUGGAUUUAAAACAAAAUAAUCCUCAACAGAAACUAAAUUUACAAGAAAUGCAGAAAAGCCUGCUGGCGUUACAGCAAGAUCUUGAAAAGCAUGAACAACUUAAAGAGAAACUGCAAAUGAAAAUAAUUAAGCGGGAGAAAUUACAGCAGGAACUUACAAUGCAAAAACAAGAACGCAUGCAGCAGUUGCAACAAAUUGUGGAAAACGGAACAAUGAAGCAAAAACAACUUAUAGGCAAUUUACAAACGGAAAUUAAAGAGGAAAAUCAAUUUUUGCAAAUAUUGCAAAAACAGCAUUUACAGUUGGUGGAGCUUUUAAAGGAAAAAUUACAAAAACAACAAAAUUUGCUCAAAACAGAUGAUGAAAAGAUACAGAUUGAAGCGAAAAACAGAAAGUAUCGUGACAGUUAUUUUCAAUUUAUCAUGGUGAAUCAUUAG